AUGCGUCAUUUAUCAACCACAUCUUACACUAUCAUGAACACCGGUACUACAACAGAGGUGGCAUCCAACGAAAUUCAUGUUUUACGCUUGCCAGCUGAAAUUCGACGACUCCGUGAAAGGAUCCAAAAUUACCGACCUGGUAAUUGGACGAUCAGAGAUGCAGGGUCUAGCUUCGAAAAACCAUCCAAGGUUAAACUAGGUGUCUUCGGAGUGCAAGACUCAGGCAAGAGUGCCUUUCUCAACUCUCUUCGCUUUGCCUACAAAGGUGUAUGGGAGCAGAUCUACAUCGAGAGCAAUACGUUAGGGCAAGGAGGGGAGACUAUAUUCCGAGACCCUGCUAUACUUACCGAUCAGGUUACAACUUUCGAUACACGUGGACUAUCGGAUAUGGGUUAUCACAAAGUUUGGGAUGUAAUGUAUGAAAUCACUGGAAACCGAGGAAUCGACACUCGUUCUUGGACAGCUGGAGAAAGGAUCGACUGUCCCAUCUUCAUCCUUAAAUACAACUCUGCUACUGGAAUACAGCAUUGUCGUGAAUUCAUAUCGUCACUUGUAACAGAAAUCAGGCAAGAGUUCGGCUCGUAUCCGAUCAUGGUUGUGACCUUCGCUAACAGCAUCUUGAACCAGGAAGAGAUCGUUGGCGACAUCACCAGAGCUGGUAUGGAGAAGAACAGUCUAUUCUUCAUUGAGAACUACACAGCUUCGAACCACGAGAUGGAUUCUAAGAAACACAUUGCUCUUCUCAAGAUCCUGGAAGCCUGUAUCAAGAGAGCCGAUGAUAACAUCACGUUCCACUUUCGAAAAGAGAAGGAGCCACUGCCCAGAGGGAAAUGUGAGAUAAUGUAGAGAUAUCGCACAUCAAGCCGGGUGAAUGAAUUUUUACACAAUGAGUACAUACGU